AUGGCCUCCUCAGCCGCAUUGGACCCUAUAAAGGCGGUCCUCUUCUCCAACCCAAUCGCCAAUGUGUUAGGAGAUGCUCUCAAUUCUUUCAGCGAGCGGAGGGCGAAGCUCGGCCUGUCCAACCCCGGAACCAUUGAGAACCUCGCCAAAGAGGUCCAGCGCGAUGUCUUCCUCAACAACUACAUGUUCACCGGCAUCCGCGCCGAUCUGACCAAGAUCUUCAGCAUGGCUCCCCUCUUCCAGGUCUCUCACCAGUUUGCUCUGGGCGAGCGCAUCAACCCUUACACCUUUGCCGCCAUGUACGGCACAGGCAAGGUCUUCUGCCAAGGAAACCUCGACAACGAGGGCGCUCUCUCCGGGCGAUUCAACUGGCGAUGGUCCGACAAGCUUGUCUCCAAGUCUCAGCUCUCCAUCUCGCCUGGUGGUCAGGAUAUGGCGCAGUUCGAGCACGAGUACACCGGCAACGACUUUAGCGCAUCCCUCAAGAUGCUCAACCCCUCCUACCUCGAGGGCGGACUUACUGGUAUCUUCAUUGGUAGCUACCUCCAGUCCGUCACCCCCAAGCUCGCUCUUGGUCUUGAGACUCUCUGGCAGCGACCUGCCCUCACUCAGGGCCCCGAGUGCGCUGUUUCGUACGCUGCCCGUUAUAAGUCUAACGACUGGAUUGCCACCGCUCAGCUCCAGGCUGCCAUGGGAACUCUCAACACCUCUUACUGGCGACGACUCUCCGAUAAGGUCCAGGCUGGUGUUGAUCUGAGCCUCGGCCUCGUCCCCUCUCCCGGCGGUAUGAUGGGUGGUGGUCUGCAGAAGGAGGGUGUCACCACCAUUGGCGCCAAGUACGACUUCCGCAUGUCUACUUUCCGAGCUCAGGUCGACUCCAAGGGCAAGCUUAGCUGCGUUCUUGAGAAGCGUGUUGCUCCCCCUGUUAUGAUGACCUUUGCCGCUGACAUUGACCACUUUACGCGCCAAGCCAAGAUUGGACUGGGUGUCUCCAUCGAGGCUGCUCCCGAGGAGCUUCAAGAACAGCAGGAGGCCCUUGGAUCUCAGCCUCCUCCCAACAUCCCCUUUUAA